ACGCUUGAAACCCGCGGAGCACUGCUGAAGAGGACGGGUGCGGAAAUGGGCCUUGUCAUACCGUAACCACCUCGACAUACGCGUCGAAGGUGUAUCUGUCGUCCUGCCCAGGAACUGUUCAAAUUCACUGUUUCUCCUGUUUUCCCCGAAACCGGAGCAAUGGCAGUUGCGGAAUACGUUCGGGGGAAAACCUUGCAAAAUGAUACCCCAGCUCCGCAGAGCAGCAACCAUGUUGCAACUAAUCCUUCAAGGGAACUUGUUGCUAAUAUGGCGAGACUUAAAGUACCAACGACGAGAUUGAGUGACAGGCCUAGAUCUGCAGCUGGGACUCCGCGGGAACAUCAACUUGGGACAACAACUAGAUUGUCUGGACAGACCGCAGGAUAUCACGUACAGCAUAGCCAAGCAACACCCAGGGAUAUGUUUGACACUGAUGUGGAAACUGUCGAUGAUUCUACUACUACGGCCACGAGCCUCAUUCGAGAGGAAGAAGGCGGCGUCAAGCAUGAUUUCCAAGUUGGCCCGCCGGCUGCUCAGCGAACAGCUCAAGAUGAGAAUGACUUGCCAUCAAACGUGCAUUAUAGCUGGGGUAAUCCCCGCGGUCGAAAUGCCCUGGAGGAAAGAAUGAUAAUGGAGCUUGGCUCUGACCCUGGCGGAGAUGAGCAUGAUGCUAUCCAGGUUCCACAGGAGCAUGAUGUGCAGCAUGUGCGUUUUGAUGCGGUCGAUGAGAAUGAGUUCGAUGGAGAUGCUGCCCAAAUAUUCGAUUGGAGCAGCAACCACCAUAUCAAUGGAGAACCGUUGAGCUGGCAGAAGAUUGAAGCAGCCCUGCACGAUACCAAGGCCCCCCCUACCGCGCAAGGCAUACAGCGGCAAGAAAACAUUGAAGAACAAAGUGUCCCCAGGCAAUCGGAUUACGAGAACUAUCCCGAUGAGAAUAUGUAUACACCAAAAGCAACGCAAAAGCAUUCCACCGACAGUCGGUUCGUGACGAGAUCUCGUUUUAGCACCCCAAACCCACGUGGUGGAGCACCCCUUGAAGGGGGGAUAUUAGUCGGUUCGCGGCCAAUUCCCCAAAUUUCACCUUCCCGCACUGUCAUUUUAUCUCCGCAGUCGCAACCAGUCGCUCAGUCAAGCGCAAGAAACACCAUAGGACCCAACAAACCGAACCCUCUACACGUGACACAUGACAACCACGAUCCAUACAGCCAUGGUGGUCUAUUUGACAUCACAGACCUAAGUGCGGUGGACAGCUCUUCAUCCGAAAACAGCACAGACAACCAACAUACAUACACAUCUCUCGGCUUCUCCACCCUAUCCCCCGUCUCUACAAAACGAUCCUGGACCGAAUUACAAUCCGACUAUCCGCCAAACAUCCUGGAGACAAAAACCUUCGCUGAUCUCCAAGCGGAAUCAUUCGACUACAACCCAGCCCCGCCGCAGCCCAUCUUCCAACCACAGGACCCCCCCCUCCCUCUCUCGGAGAAACUUACCCGACUAAAGGCGCUGACAGACGAGCAGCGCCACAUGUUCUUCGCAUCCCUGAAUAUCGCAGAGUGGGAAGAGAGCGGUGACUGGAUCAUUGACCAGUUCAGCCUAUUACUUCAGCGGACGAAAGCGGCGAGACACGAGCGUCGGAAAGUGGCCGCUGUGUUUGAGAGGGAGAUUGAGAGGCGGUAUGAACUUGUCGAGGCGGAAGGGAAAGGGAUUGGCCAGCGGUUAGAAGAGAUGAGGACCGGGGGGAUGGAUGUUUUGAAGGGGCAGGCUUUGUGAUGAUAAACAAAAGAAAUUUAUCGUCACACUGUUUGCUCUGCUUACGGCUAUUUUUACAGGCAACCCUACCGUGGGCUUUUUUAUUUGUUACGAUACCCUGAUAUUUCCCCCCCAGGCAGAUAAACGCCGAGCAACGCGCGUUAUCAGAAUGGUGUGCGGGAUGGGAAAGGUCCAUUUCAUUUUUCAUUUUUAUUUUUUCAUCAUAUUUUUCAUAUCUUAUACUGACGGCGUUGAAGGGCCCUUUUAACACAGGAAGGGAUGAGAUAACGACAACACGGCCGCGGCGAAAAUGAUUGAUAAUGGAAGCCACAUACAUACCUAGCGCGGAAAUAGAUAUAUCGCUCUAGACGAAAAAUAUAAAUAUUUUUAACUACCUUACUCAGAAGAUGUUAUUUUUAAAUAUGGCAUUGACAUACAUAACUCCCAACUUCCCCUCGCCCCUUGCCGGUGCCUGCCUGUUCAGUGGCGGGAUAAGCUAAAACAAGGUGACUGUACGGAUAUAUGAUUAAGCGAAUAAAAUGAU